AUGUUCUCUGAAUAUGCCUCAAGAUUUCUUGCUCAGUCACAGUCACGAGUAACCUCUCGGCCAGAUGAGAUUCAAAGAACGGGUCGUAGCCGCCCUAAUCAACACCAAGGCAACCCUCGGCACCCCUCAUCACGCUCCUUCUUACGACCUAGCGAUCCUUAUCGACCGGGUGCAUCCCAAACAUCUCAAUUUCCUUUUGCCCCUCGUGGCUCGGUUCAACAAGCUCCCCUGUUCUUCAGUGCCACUGAUGAAUUCCGAGAGGAGGAUGACGAAACAGAACGUGAGCGAGAAAUCGCUGAUUUCUAUGCACUCCAACGAUCAAGACGGCAUUUUGGCGACAGCAACUUGAAGGAAUCUUCUGAACUUGACGAUUCUGAGCGUUCAGGUUUCGAGGAGCAAAGCUCACCAUAUGAUGAUCGUCCUGGCAAAGGCAUCAAGAGCUCAUGGCGGGGAGAAGAAGGUGUUUUUAGUGCUCGCCCUUUUCCUAUCGAGUCUGUGGCAGAAGCCCCUGAGAAUGAACCGGCAUCUCUAUCCAAACCAAGCAGUAGCAAAGUUCGAGGUCAUCUGGUUGAUGUCGGUCUGGAGGAUUCUUUACGGACCGAUCUUGACGAUGACCAGGCGUUAUCUAGUCCCAGUGCCAGCGAUCCACCUGUCCAACGAUUCCGAGAACGAGGACUACCGAAGGAUCCUUCUGGUCACAGCCAGCAUGGACCUACUGUAGAGCAGGCUGAGCUUUUAUCACAAGAUGCUCGACGGCCGCCCAGCUCAGCAAGCUCAUUCCCAGCAUCGAUAUCACCGCUAGCCUCAGAAAACACAGUGCACGACGCCUUUUGGGGCCAGUUGUUUUUGAUAUCUCUCGCGGGAUUGUUUGCUUCUGCAUUUCUUGUGUGGCUCCACACAUCUACGCCAUCUGGGGACAAAUCAAGAUGGGGCGAUACAAUAUACAUGACUGUCCAUGGAUCUUUCUUCCUCCUCGGGAUAUAUACUAUUGUGUCGAUUCUUGUGUCCCUUCUUUGGUUGGCUUUACUACGAUCCUAUGUGCGACUUCUGGUCCAUGUGAUUCUAGUCGCCGUUCCCAUUAUCUUAUACUCUUUCUCCUUAUAUCCUUUCAUCUCAAGUUUCAAGGGACCAUGGCAUGGGACGAGUAUCCAAGACAAGGCGAUGAGAUGGGGCUCUGCUGUCCCGUUCCUCGUAGCUACCACGUGGAUCUACAAUGUUGUGCGUGGCCGUCAGUCCAUAGGGAAGGCCAUAGGCAUUCUUGAGUUUGCCUGUCGAAUCUUGGCCGCCAAUCCCGAGCUUCUUGCUCUUGGUCUGAGUGCCUUAGUCUGUGUUGUCUCCUGGACAUGGAUCUGGAUGCUGAUGUUCACUCGCGUUUUCUUGGGCGGUCAUCUCGUUAGCUCAAAAUCGUUCAUUAUUGACGUGGGUAGCUGGUGGCUCGGCAUCUAUUUCGUUGUUGUUUAUCUAUGGUCAAUCGGUGUCAUUGCAGGCAUCCAGCGUGCUGUCACUGCUGCGACAGUGAGCCAGUGGUAUUUCCAUCGUUUAGCCACACCUGCCCCCACCUCGAGGCAAAUUGUUCAGGCAGCCAUCGUUCACGCUGGCACAACUCUCUUCGGCACGAUCUCUUUGUCUAGACUACUGGGCCUAUUGGUUCGAGCUCCUCUUCUCUUAUUACCAGGUCGCAUCUCCUCAUUGCUCAGUCUGUUCGCCUAUUCGCUCGUCCCCACCCCAAUUACUUACUUGACCAAUCCUCUUUCUCUCACUUAUGCAGCGAUUCAUUCGCAGCCUCUUGCCGCUUCCUCCCGGGGGUUGAGCCAAAUGACUAUUCUUGCCCCAUCGGCGGCCUCGACGUCUUUACACCCCCAUUCCUAUUCUCGGUCCCCCGGGGACUCGCAGUCUUUACUUUCAUACCGGCUGUCCAAGUUGAUCCUCUACGCUGCCCGUUUCAUGAUGUCCUUGGCCUUAGGAUUUGGUGGCUGGGUGACCACUGCUCGGAGCCUGACAACCUCUGCGUCCGGUGGCACCAUUCGUGGCAGCCUUUAUGCCUACGUCGUCGGCCUCAUUGCUGGAACAAUUGGCUGGACUACACUGGGUGCAAUGGAAGGUGUGAUCGCAGAUAUUGUAGAUGCAGCGGUCAUUUGCUGGGCAAGCGAAGUCGGUAUUUACGGCAGAGAAGCCCGGUAUUGCCGUGAGGCUGGUUGGCUCUUUGGUGAUUCGCAACCUCGCUUCGGACAUGAAUAUCAAGAGGUCUAA